CCUACAGGAAAAAGUUUAUUACAGCGGAAUAUAACCCUCUCUGGCUUUAGGAUUGGGUUUGCAUUUCUUCUCAGAAGGGGCCAGCUUGUACAUGAAGUAGUGGGGGUUGAACAUUUGGGAAAGCCCUUUUUUCUUGGACUGCUGACGCGUACCGCGGCUACGUGCUGCUCCGGAGCCCCGCGGAUUACUUUCCAACUUUAACAGCCUCCACCAUGAUACUUCACUUUCUAGCUUUAGGGGCCUUUGUUUUUCAGGCUGAAUGUUACUUUUCGGAGGAGAAGUAUCCGGAAGAGUCGAAAAUGCAGCCUCCAACCGUGGUUAUCGCUAUCAUAGCGAGAAAUACUGCUCACUCCCUGCCGUACUACCUCGGAGCUCUGGAGAGACUCAACUACCCCAAAGAUCGUAUCUCUGUGUGGGCAGCCACGGAUCACAACAUAGAUAACACCACAGCCAUACUGAAGGAGUGGCUGACUGUCAUGCAGAAAUAUUACCAUUAUGUUGAGUGGAGACCAAUGGACAAGCCAACGUCCUAUGCUGGAGAGCUGGGUCCUAAGCAUUGGCCCAACAGCAGAUACGAAUAUGUGAUGAAGCUGAAACAAGCAGCGCUCAACUUUGCCAGGAAACGCUGGGCUGAUUAUAUCUUGUACGCAGACACAGACAAUAUCCUCACAAAUCCAGAAUCCCUCAACCUGCUGAUAGCAGAAAACAAGUCAGUCAUCGCUCCUAUGUUAGAUUCUCCGGGAGCGUACUCUAACUACUGGUGUGGUAUUACUCCACAGGGAUAUUAUCGUCGAACAGCAGAGUACUUCCCCACCCGUCAUCGUCACCGAGUGGGCUGCUUCCCUGUGCCUAUGGUCCACAGCACCCUGCUGCUGGAUUUGAGGAAGGAGGGCAUGAAAAAACUUGCUUUCUAUCCUCCUCAUGAGGACUACUCGUGGCCCUACGACGAUAUUAUUGUUUUCGCCUUCUCCUGUCGGGCUGCAGAGAUACAGAUGUACCUGUGCAACAAGGAGCGCUACGGCUACCUGAACGUUCCGGCCAAACCGCACUUCACCUUAGAAGACGAUCGCCUCAACUUUGUCCAUGUUCACCUUGAGUCUAUGAUCGACGGGCCACCCAUGUAUCCUUCCCGUUUCAUCCACAUGUUUCCAAAACAGAGAGACCUCCUGGGAUUUGAUGAGAUUUAUCUGAUUAACCUGCGACGGCGUCCUGACCGCAGAGACAGGAUGUUGUUCUCUCUAAACGAGCUUGAGAUUGAUGUCAAAGUGGUCGAUGCCGUGGAUGGAAAUGCACUGAACAGCAGUGACAUUAAGAUUUUGGGUGUCGACCUGCUGCCAGGAUACUAUGACCCAUUCUCUGGACGCACUCUGACCAAAGGAGAAGUGGGCUGCUUCCUCAGUCACUAUUACAUCUGGAAGGAGAUGGUGGACAUGCAGAUGGAUAAGGCCCUGGUAUUUGAAGACGAUGUUCGCUUUCAGGCCAACUUCAAGCGACGAAUACUCAAAAUGAUGCAGGAUGUGGAGCAGGUUGAGCUGGACUGGGACAUCAUAUACUUGGGCAGGAAGCAGGUGAAUCCUGGAAAGGAGGAGCCAGUGGAGAACGUUCGUAACUUGGUGAUGGCCGACUACUCGUAUUGGACUCUGUCCUACGCUAUCUCCCUACAGGGAGCCCAGAAACUCCUCAAUGCUGAGCCACUUUCCAAGAUGCUGCCUGUCGAUGAAUUCCUCCCCAUUAUGUACGACAAACAUCCGAAUGAGGACUACAAAUCCCACUUCCCCAAUAGAAACUUACAAGCCUUCAGUACACACCCCCUGCUGGUCCAGCCAUGUCACUACGCCGGUGAUCCCCAGUGGGUGAGCGACACAGAGACGUCGACCCUGUGGGAUGAUGACUCUGUGAGGACUGAUUGGAGGGGCUCCCACAAGACCCUGAAAGGGGCUGCCCCGGCACCCGAGAUGCUGUCAGUUGCCUACAGGGAUGAACUUUAGUGCAGCGCAAAUGUAGCUGAGGAGAAUCUGCAGGUCCACAGGCCAUGAGGCCAGAGAGACUGUUACUGAGCAGAGAGAGAUACUUUCACUCCACCUUGUGUCAUAAAACUGACAUGCUCAGUGUCAUUUAACCUGAGCUUCUUAGAUAGGAGGCAACAACAUAAGAUAUGGUGUUCGUUUCGACUUUGUGUAAAGACAUGCACAGUUGUCUCGGUGUAAUAAAUGCGUCAACUUGCACAAUAGAUUUUUCUCAAACAACUCCAUGUUUAGAGUGUUUUUUGUGCUUUUCUUUUACUUUGCUCAGACAUUUAGUUUAGUUGCUUCAUUUAGAUUGUUAAUUCAUUCUGUAUGGUUUGUGUCAAGUUACCUGGUUAAAUGUACUCCUGUGAUAGUGCGUAAUCUGUUGAUCAUAUUCUAACCGAGGGUUCAGUAAUUGCACUGUUAACAACUCCUGGCAAGUCUGGAAAAAAGUCUGAAAUGUAUUGGCUAUUGGUUUUUUUCCUUCUCUUUUUUCGUGUUGCUAUAAUCUUUUUGUACAUUUCUGUGUUUGUGCGUGUCCUCCACUGGGGACUGGAGAGUUGAGUUAACACAAGUCUCGAAUGACCAUAAUUGAUAUUUUCUUUCAUAAUUUGUUCCAGACCUUUCUCAAACUUGUGUACCUCUGAAAACUAUGAAAGUUUAUAUUCAUUAAGUAUUUGAAUGUUUGCUUUUGAUCAGUUUAAGCUUCUUCAGAUUGAUUUUUUUUUUAACUUAAUGGAUUCACUUGGACUGUGUUUUACUCCCUAGCUGUUUUUAAUAUUUUCACAUUUAGCCAUGUUCACCUUUAAGAGUUUAACAUGAACUGGAAACAAAAUUACCUUCGUGUGAUUUUGGGCUGCCUCAAAUAGAAGCGCAUUUUAAAAUAUUACAUCAUGAUUUGAGAACCGUUUGAGAAGAUUUCAGGUUUUAUUACACUAUUACAACCACGAGAAAUUCAUCUAUAAAGUAUAAACACUUUUUUUUUGAUGGCCCAAUGACUUACAUAAAAUCUAUGCAACAUGUUGAGGCAUGAAGAGUGUAGCUUUGGUUUUUAUCCAGUUGUUUCCAGUUUUGGAGAGCGACCACAUGUUAUGUGUAAAAAGUAUAAAUAUUAUGUGUUGCUUAAGUGUUUAAAGGUCUUAAGAAAGUACAGCCUUUAACAGUCUUUUGUAGCAUCGCUGUCACUCCAGGAUUGAGCUGACACUCGUCUAGACAGGGUUGUAGUGCAGGUAACUGAUGUCGCAAGUUUGUGGAUUUGAUCAAGUCAAACUAAACUUGUAUUUCAUUUUUGUGCGCAUUGAUGAUGGUCUGUUUCGUAUAUUGUUUUUGAUAUGAAGAUUUGUUUUCCUGCAAAUAUCUUAAAUUAUUUGUUUUUCUUUGUGAAUCACAGAUGAGUCGCACAACGUGAUGUACGACACGCGGGUCCAAUUACUUUUUGUCUCUAUGUCUUUGAGCAAUAAAUGUAUAUUAAUAUUACGAUUCAUUAAUUGCCACUGAUUUCACAUCUGGAUAGCAAGCAGCUCGGAAUUUAAAUACAAAUAUUUUUGCAGUAUUAUAGAAAUGGUUAUGGACUGUUAGUUAAUAAAUCAACAUAUUUUAUUAAAUACACAAAGCUACCAUGUACUAAGAAUAAAAAACACAAGGGGGUACUGUUUCCUAAAUUCUGCUAUUGCAGCCAGAGUUUACAUACAUGCACACCUAUAGAUGUGUGUGUAGAUGGAGAAGUACAUAAAUGCAGUUUGUUGGAGAAAGACACAAUUUUCGCAGUGGAUUUUAAAUCAGUCAUUGUGAUUGACGUGCAGACUUUCAGUUUUUAUUCAAGGGGAUUUACAAAAAUUUUGCAUUAACUGUUAGGGAAUUAUAGUCAUUUUCAUAUACAGUCCCCCAUUUUUAGAGGCUCAGAACUGAUGAAAAUCCUUUUCAGCCAUCAGCAUUAAGUCUAAAAAAACCAUUGACAUUGUUAAAUGUGUUUCCUUCACUGAGAUGCUGGCUGCCAGGCCUUUACAGCAGCCACCAUCAGUUGCUGCUUGUUUUUAGGCCUCUUUGCCUUCAGCUUGUGUAUUUAAUAACUGAAAAGCAUGCUCUGUUGGAUUAUGACUGACUUGGCCACUGAAUAAUAUCUCAUUUCCUUGCCUUUAGAAAUGCUUUGGCUGUUUUUCUUAACCAAAUAAUUCUGUCGUCAUGCGCUUUAGUUGUCUUUUGUGGUUUUUCAGGCCCUGAGCUGGCCAGUGCAUUUAUUCUUAUUGACAAUGUACCAGUUUGUUGAUUUGACAAUUCCUAAAGUCUUUGCUGCCUCUGAUGGUUUAUUUAGCUUUUUUCUUUUCAGCAGAAUAAAGGCCUCGCUCACUGGUA